AAAAAGGUUCAAAAUUCCGGAACAGUUCCAUCGAUGUACGAGAACGAAAUCCAUUGGUAGUAAAUCGUCAAUUGAAAAUAAUUUAUCAUGUGGCCUCUACGAGAUUUUCAGUCGGAUAAACCUCCUAUGCCAGCAGAAUUACUUCGCAAACUGGUAUGUUGUAAAUGCAAAGGUUAUCUCUCAGUAUUUCCGAUACACAUAAGCAAUGAAGGGGUUAAGCCCAUAUGUGGACGUUGUCCAGUAAUAAAUAUCGCAGAAUACGUUCACGACACCGCAUAUGAAGGAAUUGCAAGAUUUUUACGCUUCCCAUGCAGGAACCAUGAAAGUGGUUGCAAAGUGUUGAUGCUUCCCGAUCAGUUAGCAAAGCACGAGCACAGAUGCAUAUUUCGACAGAUCGAAUGUCCCACAAAAGCUGCACGUAACUGCGCAUGGAAGGGUUCUCCUGUAGAACUGCGAGAGCAUUAUGAAAGCAGUCAUAAAAACUGUUUCUUAAUUGAUAGCAGAUAUACAUUGGAUUUUACGAAAAAACUUGAUUUGCAAUAUAUGAUAGUGUUUCAAGAUGAGGUAUUUAUAGCUAGAAUGCAUAUGGUACCAGAUUGUGAAACAUUUACCUGCAUUAUAGAACACAUACCUCAAACAAAGCAUUCAUACUAUUUUAAGUAUUUCAUCAAAGUUGAGACAAAUAUUUCUACUGCCGUUUGCGAACAUCCUAUCAAACACACUUCCGGCGAUGGCUCUGCAGUGACACAGAUCAAUCGUGAGGAAAUAAUCAAAACAUUUCCCGGCGCCAAGAAACUAAUGGCUGUAAUUGAACUACUGCAGGAUAACAUGGACAGCUUACGUGUAUGCGAACUACCCAAUAUGAACUACGGAAAAGAGAUACCUAUUAAACUGGACCAGCUAGAAAACCUCAGAUGCGAGAAGUGUUUCUUAUAUAUGAUACCUCCCUUUAAGCAGUGUUUAUCUGGACACAAAAUGUGUACUACUUGCAAUGUAGAGGCAACAUGUCAUAUAUGUAAGAGUCCAAUCAGUACUAAUGAAAAUGUGCAGCUCGUACAAUGUGCUCAGUCUUUAAUGUAUCCCUGUAGAUAUACCGACGAGGGCUGCAGAGUAAUUCUAGUGAAUUCAUACAUUCGAAUUCACGAAGAUUCAUGCAUAUACAAGCCUUUCGAGUGUCCCUUGCGUGAGAGCUUACAGUGCAAAACAAGAUCAUCUGCGCCUAAAACAGUUUACCAUAUCAAGACCCACCAUAGCACGAACAUAAUGUCAACAGAUAUAGUAAAGAUUGCUAUUGAAGAUGCCCGCAGCAAAAUUGCCUCAACAUUUUUAAUUAUAUAUUCUGGAAGAGUUUUUCAAGUGAUCUUCCGAUAUUUCAAAGGAUCGUUCAUGUGGGCAGCAAUGAUCGUCGCAUCAGCGAAAGAGGCUGAAAAGUUUAGGCUUGAAGUAGAUAUUUGUGAUAAUUCCGGCAGGAAUAUGCGUAUUGUUGCCCGAGCAUUAUGUUCACCAGCUGAUGAAAGAAAAUCAUGUUUCGAAAUUAAAGAGAGAUAUAUAAGCUUGUUACCUAAACAAUUAGAAUGUUUUAUUAAAAAUGGGAAUCUCUGCUAUAAAUUAAGAAUUGUCAGUUCCUCUACUUAAUUUUUUUAUUAUGUUUCUUGUUUACCACUACUGAAAAUUAUUAUAUAGCAUAUUAUUAUUAUUAUUGUAUUGUUGUUGCAAACAUUUUAUCUAUUAUUUCAAAGUAUUGUAUUGAGCGAGUAUAUUAUUUGUAAAAGUCUUCAUGCUUGCUCGUUUAUUUGCGUGUUUUUACUAGUUUUAUUGUUAUUGUCAAUUAUUCAGAGUUUCUAUUAAAUCAAAAAUUAAUUACUAUUUCAUUGCA